UGGCCCAGCCCCUCCGUUUUAGUUCGUCCCUCCUCCUGCUCCCUUCCUCUCCUGCCUCAGCCGAACGGUGCCGCGACUGCUUCUCGAAGGGGAGAGCCGCUGAGUCGGCGACGGCUGUUGCUCUUGAUCCUGACGAGGCUCCGGAGCAAAUCCGAUGGCGAGCUAGAGAUCGGGACAACGAUCCACCGCUUGACCUGAAAAUUGGCGUGCGGGGAGAUCUUGUCGGUGAUCCGGUCGAUCCUCAACUUCUCCAUCUCCCCUUCGAUUGUCCUUCAUCAACACAGCUUGUUCAUGGAGGUCUGAGGUUCUGAGCUUCAGCGAGGUCCAGCUGUCCAGGGGAGUUCUCGGGGAUGGGAGUUCUUGGGGAGUCGGGGUCCAGGGAGACGACUAAGAGUGAGGCUGACGAAGAGCCAGAGUUUGACCAGCACAAAUAUAGCUCAAAACUUGAGCUAACAUUGCAGGAAAGGACAAAGAAGAGUUCUCGGAGAGUCAGGGAGAUGAAGAAGAGUUCUCGGGGAGCUUUUGAGCUUCAGUUCAGGGUGUGGUGUGCGUGAGUGAGGGGGAGGAAGGAGAGGAGACGAAGAUGAAGAGGGAAAUCGAUGUUCAAGGCGCUCAAGCUCAGCGUGGAGGCCUCCCCGGACCGCCUCCCCUGCUCCAAGAACAUGGAUGAGCCUCCCCCUGUGUCCUACUCCCUCAUGGCCAAGAUCAACAGUGAAAAGGAGCCCUCCUGAUAGCUGCCACUUGCAUUAUCAGAUUCACCACAGCUCGCAGCAGCAGACAACAACGGCUUCACCUUCGGCUAUUGUCAAGGUCGAGCUCAAGCACUUUCUCCUCAGGAGCUAUGACAUAAACCUGGCGAUUGUGCUCCCGUCCGCCCCACAGGCUUCCCACCUCUUUAACUUCAAAUCGAGCUAUCCACCACCUGUCUUCCUCUGCAAGCUGACGACGGACAGCAGCGAGCAGGCAGACUGGGUCUUUGGCUUUCCCUUUGCAUGCAGCGAGGACGGAGAUGAGAAUUGCAGCAGAAUCGGGGAAGUUCUCGCGAGAAAGUUCGGCAGGAACCCACUUAUCAUCGGGGUGUGCCCGAAGGGCGAUGUCCAGAGAAUUCCACUUAUCAUCGUGGUGUGCUCGAAGGGCAUUCUCAAGAGAAUUCUGGAUGACGUUAAAAGAUGGGAAACAAGGAAUUUUGCCCGCUGGACUUGUUGGAUUGAGCUCGAUCCCCAUCGAGAUGGAGAUAUCUGAGUUUGCUAGCGGCGAGGGAGGGAAGGGCAUGGCUGAGGCGAAGUUGGUGCAGAAGUUCAACGAGGCGGGUGAUGCAUUGGAUUUAAGGAGAAAUAGACAGGGAAAGGAGAGAGAAAAUUAAAGAAAAAAGGAAAAUUUGAGGAAAAAGGGGUAGGAUGAUUAUUUUGAUGUUUUUUUUUCAUUUGCCCUCAAAUCUAACAUCGGUUGACUGAGGGAUCGAUUGAUGUAAGUUGAGGACCAAAUUGAUAUUAUGGAGGACCAACUUGAUGUUACGAAA